UCAGUCAAAUAAAUAAAUUAUCUGUAACCUCAUCCAUAACUUUCUGCCUAAAAAAAAAAUUAAUUACAAAUUAAAUGCAUCGAUCAUAAUGAAGUCAGUAUUCCCUUUAUCACAAAAUUUAUCACAGUAUAAAUAUAUAAAUCACCGUGAUGUUGAACUCAGUACCAAAGCAAAUAGUUUUGACACUUCAGUCUUCACCCCCGUUUCUCCUUGAAAUAAUUCUCGCUAUCACAAUAGCUCUCCUCUUAUCAAUCCCUUUGAUCACCCGGCUCCAGUACUUUCUCGGUUAUGUAGAAGAGCCACUCGCUUCCUUUGAUCUCUACAACCCCCGACGUCACAUCCACGAGCCGAUAUCGUCAUCAACAUCAGGAUCCAAUGAAAGCCUGAGCCGCUACCCCCUGCGUCAUGUAAACUCAUCACCGGACAUUAAAAAUUCAUAUUUAAAUACUUUUACUAUGGACAUAAAUCCUUCUUAUCACCACAGUAAUAAUUCUACAGACUAUCCUAUUUCAGUCGCAUACGACUACGGUUACUACAGACACAAAUUGAUAGAGACAAAUUUAAAACAACAUUACGGUAACCAGGCACCCGGAAAUGUUGUCCUCAAUUCCCUGCAUCUCAGUUCAAUCGACUCUCAAACGGACUUACGGUUGAGCGAAAAAUAUAAUCACAGUUUUUUUGAACUCAUUCCCGAACCCGCGGAUCCGUAUCAAGAAAAACGGGACCAAUUGGUCACGAUCAUUCAUCCGCGGGAUCAUUUUCUGAGGAAAGGGGCUCGGAGGCACGAGUCUGCUGAUAAAUCCACUGAGACUCUUUUUAUCAGUAACGUCAAUUGUAAUUUAAAUAAUGAUUUAGAUGACAGCGAGCUCAAGGAGCGACUUCCGAGCCCGCGACAAAUGAAAAUCCAUCGAAUAAAAAAAGACAAGUCGUCAAAUGACAACGUAAAAGUAUUCAAAUUUAAAAUUGAUUCGAAUGAGUUUAAUUCGCGGCCUAUGAGUCCGUUCAAAGGUAAAAGUGCCGACGGUGAUUCGAGUCCGCGGGAAGAUUCGAAAUCCAGCGCGGGAAAAAUCGCCAAGAAUUUGAAUGAAGGGAAAGUUAAGAAGCCACGCAAGCAAAGGCGGGAAAUAAAGGCGGGAGUUGAUAAUUUUAAGGAAAUUAGUUCGGAUAAACAUUUAAUUAAAGGUGAUAAUGAUAAUGGCGGGCAAUAUGACUCGUUGAUUAUCGAGGAGAACAAUGGAGUCGGUCGUAAUUUGAAUAAUUCGGAGGUCGAGUUGGAAAAUUUCGAGAGGAAAAUAAGUUCAAUGACAAUUCAAUUGAACGUCGACUCGGAAAAUAAUUUGGGGGAUACAUUAAAUCUUAGAGGAAAUGGAUGCGAGGUUGAGGGUGGGGGUGGGAGUAAGAAUGGGAAAGAUUUCGAAUGCAGUUUAAAUGAAGAAGUAGAAGAAAAAGUAAAGAAGGAUGUGGAAGUAGAAAAAUGUUUGGCGGCAGUAAGUGAUGUAUUGAGUUCGCAAAGUUACUACGGGAGUUCAGGUGUGACAGGAACUGCGACUGUGACUGGAACUGUCACGGGAGUUGGAGCUCGGGUUGGGGUUGGGGGUGGGGCUGGAAGUGGGAGUGGAAUCGGAUAUGGAGGGCAAAGAGAAAUUGAAAAACGUUCGCGACCCAACACGUCUAGUGGAGUGCUCACAAGAGCUUUUAAACAUCUGACGCCAAAAGUUAACUCGAGACCGCGCUCAUCGGGUGGCGGAUUCGCUUGGGAAGUUCCUGAUAUCUCAGGUAAAGUAUGGUCGGAUGAUAAUUCUGAAGAGAUGAAAAAUAAAAGUAAAACUCCUACAACUCCGACGCGGAUGAGAAGACCGAGAUCCGCGAACCCGCAGAUUUAUCGAAAGAAAUCAGACCCCGUGCUGCCGGUCCUUGAGAGCAUUAUUGAUUUGACUUUUGACACGGCUGACAUGCUGGAUCCGUUUAGUGUCGACUGUCAGGCCAAAGGGGAAGACAAAAAUCCCCCGUUGGAGCUAAAACAUUCUGUCAGUGAUAAUUUAAAUGGGGAUGAUAGUGGGGGUAAAAGUAAAAUUAAAAAUAAAGGGAAAAAAUCGGUCAGCAGAAAAAUGAAACCUGAUAAAUUAGUAAGUCAAGAUUUGUCGCAGAAGAAACCCUUUUUAAGAUCAAGAUCUGGCAAAUAUUCAGUACUGAAAGUUACUAAAUUUAAAAACAAAAAAUAGUAAAAUUUUAAUAAAAUUUUUGAAAUUAAAACCUUUUUUUUUUGCAUGUAGUCUUUAAUCGCUCGGCACGGCUGAACUAUCAGUGCUACAAAAAAAAAGUCUGAUAGUUUUUUGUUGCAAAUUUUAUGCUCUACAAAAAAGGUCCUCAGCAAAAUUACCCCCAGUCUAUCAGUUAAAAAGUUAUCGUCAAACGAUUGAUCCUAAAUGCACAUUGAUUUUGACUGUCUACUAAAACUUUUGCCUGCAACUGCGAAACUAAUAAUCCCACGGCAAUUUUACAUUAGAAUUUUUUGUCGAGCAUAAAAUUUCCUACAAAAAAGUCAAAUGAAUUUUUUUGAUGCGGCCGUUAGUUUAUCCGUUAUCGUCUUCCGAAGCUAGGACUAAUAAAUUAAUUUAGUCCGCCCACUCUUAUUUUUUGCAACUCAGUCUUAUUUCAUAUAUAUUUAUAUUUAUGUGUUAUUUUAUUUUCUCUAGAGGAAAGGAUUUUUUUUUAUAUAUAUAUAAUUUUAUUUAUAAGUAAUAAAUG